CUAGCUGUGUCCCUGGCGAGAUCUAUUUCCGUUCCAUUGCUCGUAUUUCCGGGUUGUGGCUCCAAGCACGUUUGUAGCGUCUGUGUUUGUGCUAAUGUGCUCCGCGGUGCAGGAGUUGUAGAAACUUGCAUCAGCCGGGAGGGACAGCCAACCAACCAACCAACCAACCAGCCGGUCGGUCGGUCGGUCGGUCGGUCCGCGGUUUGGAGGAGAGGAAGCACAACAGUGUGGCCACAACCUGCGAGGAAGUAAACUACAUGAUAUUUAAAAGUUAAGGCACCUCCUCACUGCUGAGCUGAGCCGGUGCCCACUGUUAAAACUUCACUUUGUAAAGCAGUAAACAGUGUGAAGUUUGUGGACUCUGUACGCUGUGGUCGUGUUGCAACAACAGGACACAGGUUACAUCAGGUGUGUCUGUGUGAAUGUACGCGCUGAGCAAAGUGCAAGGUCCCCUCAGAGCACUGAUAUGAGCUGCGACAAGCUCUCCUCACGUUACCUCUUCAGCUAACUUAAAUGAGCCUUUUUACACGUUUAUAUCUUAUAAGCUAGUUUUAGUUUUGCACCGAAGAUGUCGUGCCUGUUGCUGGGAGUUAUACGAAGGCAUGGUGGGGUUGGGGCGAAUGUCGGGGUUCGGUCCCUGGCCUCCAUCCCCUCGCUGCCCCCGGCGGUGGCUGAGUUUGUGAAGAGAGCGGCGGAUGAGUGUAAGCCCACCGGUGUGCAUGUGGUGACGGGGACGCCGGAGGAAACAGCCAACAUCCUGGCAGGACUGGAGAAGGACGGGAUGGUCAAGAAGCUUCCCAAAUAUGAGAACUGUUGGUUGGCACGCACAGACCCAAAGGACGUCGCUCGGGUGGAAAGCAAGACUGUGAUUGUGACCAAGAACCAGAGAGACACCAUCCCCAUCCCUGCUGGAGGAGCGAAGAGCCAGCUGGGCAGCUGGAUGAGCGAGUCUGACUGGCAGAAAGCCAGAGAGGAGCGCUUCCCCGGCUGCAUGGCAGGUCGGACCAUGUAUGUGAUUCCCUUCAGUAUGGGUCCUGUAGGCUCCACUCUGAGUAAAUACGGUGUCCAGGUGACGGACUCACCAUACGUUGUGGCCAGUAUGGGGAUCAUGACGCGCAUGGGCACUCCUGUCCUGAAGAAACUGGCUGAAGGGGUGGACUUUGUCCGCUGUCAGCACUCUGUGGGACGACCUUUACCGCUCAAAGCCCCUCUGGUCAACUCGUGGCCCUGUAACCCAGACAAGGUGCUGAUAUCUCACCUGCCAGACAUCAGGCAGAUCAUGUCCUUCGGCAGUGGCUAUGGAGGAAACUCUCUCUUGGGGAAAAAGUGCUUCGCCCUCCGCAUAGCCUCCCGCAUCGCCAAGGAUGAAGGCUGGCUGGCUGAACACAUGCUGAUCCUGGGUAUUACCAACCCUCAGGGAGUGAAGCGCUACGUAGCGGCGGCCUUCCCCAGUGCCUGUGGUAAAACCAACUUGGCCAUGAUGAAACCAACUCUGCCAGGCUGGAGGGUUGAGUGUGUGGGCGACGACAUUGCAUGGAUGAAGUUCGACAGCCAAGGUAAACUGAGAGCCAUCAACCCAGAGAACGGUUUCUUCGGUGUGGCUCCCGGCACCUCAAACAAGACCAACCCCUAUGCCAUGGCCACCAUUGCCAAAAACACAGUGUUCACCAACGUUGGCGAGACCAGCGAUGGAGGAGUGUGGUGGGAGGGCCUUGAUCCCCCUGCAGCCGGGGUCACGCUCACAGACUGGCACGGCAAAACCUGGAAGCAAGGAAGCUCCACUCCGUGUGCUCACCCCAAUUCCCGCUUCUGUGCCCCGGCGGCUCAGUGUCCUAUCAUUGACCCCCAGUGGGAGAGUGAGGAAGGCGUUCCUAUCGACGCCAUUAUCUUCGGUGGCAGGAGGCCGGAAGGAGUCCCUCUGGUCUACGAGUCUUUCAACUGGCAACAUGGAGUCUUUGUUGGAGCCUCCAUGAGGUCUGAGGCCACAGCAGCUGCUGAGCAUAAAGGAAAGGUGAUUAUGCACGACCCCUUUGCCAUGCGGCCGUUCUUCGGUUACAAUUUUGGCGACUACCUCGCUCACUGGCUGAGCAUGGAAAACCGAAAGGCCCCCACUCAUCUGCCCAAGAUCUUCCAUGUUAACUGGUUCAGAAAGGACUCUGCGACUGGCUCCUUCCUCUGGCCCGGCUUCGGCGAAAACGCCCGCGUACUGGAGUGGAUCUUCAAGCGCUGCAGCCGGGAGAGGGAGGAUGAGGCGGCCAAGAAGAGCAUUAUCGGCUGGCUGCCAGAAGAUGGCGCCAUCGACACUAAAGGUCUGGGCAGCAAGGUGGAUAUGGGUGCUCUGUUCGAUGUGCCCACGCCUUUCUGGCAGAAGGAGACAAAGGAGUUGAGAGGCUACUUCACUCAGCAAGUUGGAGCUGAUCUGCCAGCUCAGGUGGAGGCUGAGCUGAAGGCCCUGGAGGACAGAGUGCACAAUUAAAACCCUACUGACAGGAAGUUCCUCCAGAAACAGGGAGCUAGUCACUGAUGACACAGGAUUCAGAUCAUUAGGGUGCAACCAGAGUCACUGGCUGGGUUUACAUACACAGAGAAUUUAGUACCAGGUUAGCUAAAAGCACAGUUUUGGUUUUAUCCAUGUAAUCAUAAAAACUGAGACUGGAUAACCAGGUUGUGAUGCCUGGCUGACAUCCGACUCUUUGGUUUUCACAACAUAGGAUAUGCACAAAUAAAACCCCAUGGCAGUGGCUAGUAUGAGAGAUUAUUAGUACUUGCUGCUCAGUCAAAGAUGGUUUAAGGCAGCCACAUUUUAAUAAUAGACUUAAAAGCCAGGCCAGUAGUGAACUUUCUCUGUGCAUUAAAACACAGUCAGUGACUCUUGGCUUUCUCUUUUGAUGAAGAGAAAUGUGUUAGGAAUCACAUAUCAGAGAUUGAAUCAGUGGAGAAGCAAAUAAUCUACAAUGCAAUACCUACCUUUUGGACACUUCACACUAAUGCUGCAACACUGAGGGACUGGUGCUGGGUUGGAAGUAGGAGGGAGAUUUCACUGUCAACAUGAAGGUUAGAUUUCUGUGCAUCAUGUAGGGAAGCUAAUGUCACUACCUCCAUUCACUCAGAUAACCUGGCAUGGUACUAAAUCAACAUGACCCUGUAGUGCCUUUUUGAGACAUUUAACAUUUAGUGUCUAGGCUGCUAAUGUUUACAAGCUAAAGCCCAAAGAUCUUUUUUGACAACAUUCUGACAGUGAUAAAGUUUUAACAUUUUUUCAUCAUAAAAAGGUUUUAAGUGAAUUUUAGCGACAGCUAUUUUAAUACACUAUUGACUGAGUCUUAUGAAAUGCCCUUUAUUUUAAAUUGAGCUUGAUGAAAAAUAUAUCAGAAGUCCAUUAACUACUUAAAAUAUUGUAGCAGAUUUCCAGUGGGGCCGAGAAUUACUAUGCAUAAUUCAUCUUGCCACUUUUGUAAUGUUAGUGAUUAAAUUGUAUGAUUUAAGGUGAUGUUUACACACUAUGUGAGAUGUUGGACCAAUAACAGAUUAUUAGGUAUUUUUAGAAGUUGUAUGCCAAGGUUUUUAUUACAGUGCAAUGAAUAAAUAUCUUCAACUGCA